GCCUAAAAGCACCAAAUGUCCAACGGCAGCUCUGUUACAGAGUUCCUCCUCCUGGCAUUCACAGACACGCGGGAGCUGCAGCUCUUGCACUUCUGGCUCUUGCUGGGCAUCUACCUGGCUGCCCUCCUGGGCAACGGCCUCAUCAUCACCGCCAUAGCCUGCGACCAGCACCUGCACACCCCCAUGUACUUCUUCCUCCUCAACCUCUCCCUCCUUGACCUGGGCUCCAUUUCUACUACUGUCCCCAAAGCCAUGACCAAUUCCUUGUGGGACACCAGGGCUAUCUCGUACUUGGGAUGUGCUGCCCAGGUCUUUCUGUUUUUCUUCUUGGUUGGAGCAGAGUUUUCCCUGCUCACCGUCAUGGCCUAUGACCGCUACGUUGCCAUCUGCAAACCCCUGCACUACGGGACCCUCCUGGGCAGCAGAGCUUGUGUCCACAUGGCAGCAGCUGCCUGGGGCAGUGGGUUUCUGAAUUCUCUCCUGCACACUGCCAAUACAUUUUCCAUACCACUCUGCCAAGGCAAUGCUGUGAACCAGUUCUUCUGUGAAGUCCCCCAGGUCCUCAAGCUCUCCUGCUCAGACUCCUCCCUCAGGGAAGUUGGGCUUCUUGCUUUUAGCCUUUGUUUAGUAUUUGGGUGUUUUGUGUUCAUCGUGCUGUCCUAUGUGCAGAUCUUCAGGGCCGUGCUGAGGAUCGCCUCUGAGCAGGGACGGCACAAAGCCUUUUCCACGUGCCUCCCUCACCUGGCCGUGGUCUCCCUGUUUAUCAGCACUGGCAUCUUUGCCUACCUGAAACCCCCCUCCAUCUCCUCCCCAUCCCUGGACCUGGUGGUGGCUGUUUUGUAUUCGGUGGUGCCUCCAGCAGUGAACCCCCUCAUCUACAGCAUGAGGAACCAGGAGCUCAAAGACGCACUGAAGAAACUUCUUCAAUCAGUAGUCUUUCAGCAGCUGUAAGCAGCCCAUGUCUCUUCAAAAGUGAUUUUGAAUUCAUGUCGGGAACCUCCUGUGCUUUGGGCAUUCGAUCUGUCAUAAUCCUGCUUGCCCAGGAGUGUCUACAUCCACUCCAUUUCUCCAGAGGCAUGAAGCCAGCCACUCUGACCCACAGGCCUUCGUGCGUGUGUCUGGCACGACGGUACAUCUGGCCUCCUGUGUCACAUCUCUGUA